CAGCAUCAUUCUGCUCUGAGCAAACGAGGAAUAACUCGGACUUGCCGUCAGUUUGGAGAAGAUGCUAGCUUUUCUAACAACGCAGUUGGACAAACCCGUCCAUCCUACUCAUGCAUGUCCCCGGCUUGUUGUUUUUGAACGAUGUGCCCUUCUGUUUUAGCUCCACAUCGUUGCUUUAUGAUAAAAAGGGAGGUCUGGACCCCAGGGAUUGAGGAUAACGGGUCGCAGCUCGGAGGCUGCGGCGGCUCGAGCUGUGGACGGGUGGUAAACAGAAACACUGUCGCCUGUUGUUGCUGUGUUUCCGUGUAUGGGGCUAAAAACAAGGCUAGCAGCUGAAGGAGGCUGAAAUAGACGGGCACACAUCCGAGUUGGAGGCAAGUGGGCCAGAGAUGGGAAAUGACACCGCACUGCCCCAAAUUCAUCCGCCCAAACGAAGGAGGGUAGCCCCGCAGGAAAAUAAGUCUCCCCGGAGGGAAACGGUUAAUUUUGUUGCAACGCUGUGAAGCUCUCUGUCUAGCUACGCCUCGGUUUCAUUCAGUUUCUGGAGUCCGCUUCUAAUUACUUGGCAGAAAUGUCCUUCACCAUGGAGGAUAAUUUAGAGUCGGGAUGGGUAGCCGUCCGCCCCAAUGCGUUUGAGGAAAAGCAGAAGCACAAAUUUGUUUUUAUCGUCGCCUGGAACGAGGUGGAGGGUAAAUUUGCCAUUACGUGUCACGACAGGACGGUUCAGAGAAGAAGCUGUGGCAGGGACCCACUGGCCGAACUCACCAGCCUGGAUGUGGACAAAAUAAGAUGGCCUCAAAGUCCCGUCAGGGAUCAAGUGUCUCGGAGUCCAAGUAAAGGAUGCAACCCUAAAACCAAGUCCGUCAUCGCGAUAAAACCGAGUCCAGUCAAGUUUCAGACUGAUGCGGAGCUACUUGGUGAGGACCAGCUGUCCCCUUCAUUGGACUCCCUGGAGCUGGAGGAGCUGGACAGCCCGAGCAGAGAGGACUGCAGCUGGGCUGGGCUCUUCUCCUUCCUGGACCUGCGGGCCAUCCACCUGCAGCUCUGCUCCGUGAACUCGGUCCUGGAGCCCUGCUUGCCGGUGUUUCCGGAGGAGCCAGCCGGGAUGUGGACGGUCCUGUUCGGACCCCCGGAGAUGUCGGAAACAGAAAUGGAAGAGCUGUGCCACGGCUUACAGAUGUACCUGGGCCAUGCACUUGAUACCUGCGGAUGGAAGAUCCUGUCGCAGGUUCUGUUCACGGAAAACGACGACCCAGAUGAGUACUACGAGAGUCUGAGCGAGCUGAGGCAGUCCGGGUACGAAGAGGCUGUCAACCGGGCAACGAAACAUCUGCAGGAGCUGCUGGACAAACACAAAUCCAUGGACAGCAUGGUGGAGCUGCUGGAAUUGUACGAGGACGAAGACCAGGCCUACAGAGGUCUACUGGAAGCCUCCACACAGCUGUAUCAGUACCUGCUGCAGCCCUUCAGAGACAUGAGGGAACUAGCAAUGCUGCGCAGACAGCAGAUAAAGAUUUCCAUGGACAAUGACUAUUUGGGCCCCAGACGGAUUGAGGCUCUAAAGAAGGAAGACACUGACUGGCAGAAGAAAGCUCAAGAGGCAGUCCUCAGCAUCCAGGAGUUCACUGUAAAAUACUUUGAGAUCACUGCCAGAGCCCAGAAAGGAGUAUAUGAGCGGAUGAAGGUGGAUCAAAGAAAAUAUGGGAAAUCUUCCUGGACAGCAGCGGUGGAGCGCAUGGAGAAGCUGCGCUACUCCGUGGCCAAGGAAACCCUACAGCUUCAAAGAGCGCGGGAGAUCUCUCUGGAGCAGAGGAAACACACACUUCGAGAGGAGAUGCAGAGUCUGUGUAGCAGUGAGGAUGCAAUGGCCCUCCUAGACCACAUGGAGACACAGUACUAUGAGCUCCAGCUCCAGCUGUAUGACAUACAAGCUGAGAUACUGCAGUGUGAGGAGCUACUUCUCACUGCACAACUAGACAGCAUUCGCAGACAGAUGAUGGAGCGCCAGGAUGAGGUGGUGUAUUAUGACACCUUUGAAAGCGCUGAUGAUAUAACACAGGAUGAUACUGGAGAGAAAGAAGAGCUGCGCAGGCUUCAGGUCAGCGCUCGACAGCUUGAAGCCAGAAGGGGGCGCAUCAGUGCCAAGCGCUCCUAUCUGCGCAACAAAAGGGAGAUCUGUGUAUCCAACCACACCCAGAAACAGCAGAGACGUCAUACCAACCUUGAGGACUCAUUCUCCCACCCUGUCUUACAGCUCGGAAACGAAGAGGAGGAAGAUGAGGAACUAAAGAACAGCAGAGUCAGUCAGGAGAGGCAAAGGACUCUUGACAGACUGCGCUCCUUCAAACAGCGGUACCCAGGUCAGGUGAUUCUGAAGUCUACUCGUCUUCGAGCGUCUCACAGCAGAAGAAGGGAGCGAGGAAGAGGCAGAGAUGUGAGCAACGUUAGUGAGAAAGAGGAGGGCAUGCAGACUCAGGACCAGCCAUUUUGUCUGAGCACCAGCGUGCAGACGGACCCCAGCGCCACCCUCACCACUCAGCCCGUUGCGACUCUUAUGGCAUCUGUUCCUCCUCUGCCUGUCACCAGCCCCGCAGAUUCCUCCUGCUCUCCCUGCUCCCUCUCCUCUCUGCUGGCGUCCCCCAUCUCCCCUCCUCCACCACCACCCCCACCUCCUCCACCACCCACAAAGGAGGAGUUUUCUCCUUCCAGCAGCGUGGGUCAAUAUAGGCAAAAGUCUGAAAGGAGGAGUACGGAAGAGGAGCUCAUGCUCUCACCACUCGGUCCAUUCAUCCCUCGCUUUUUUGACAGCAGCCAACUGGUGAGCGCACGCAAGAAACUGAGGAAGACUCCAGAGUUUGACUCCCACAGCAGAAGAGUGAGUUCACCUAUGGACGAAGUGCUUGCCUCCCUAAAGAGAGGCAGUUUCCACCUGAAGAAGGUCGACCAGCGCUUUCUGCCUCCUUCCAAGGGUGACGAUGACCCCAACAGCAUCCUGGCUCAAAUACGGAAAGGGGUCAAACUCAGACGCGUCCCAUGUAAAGACAUAAAAGACCAGAGAGAGCUCCCUGCAUCCACAGAUCCCUUGACAAGGAGCAUCCACGAGGCGCUGCGCCGGAUCAAGGAGGCCUCGCCGGAGUCCGACUCAGAUGAUGAUGGACUGACGGGCCCUGAUUGGGAAAACUAGGGUUCAGAUAAGACAGCCACAGAAAAUUGCACACUGACACCACACAGGCUGUUCUGCACUGUAGAGUUCAGCGCUGUACUGUAAACACCCACAUGUUCACUCAUUUCCUGGUGAUUAAGCCGAGAUCAGACACGCACCAAGUGCUCCAGAGGCCUAUGAUCAGCUUUACUUGGUUUUUGUUUACACAUUUACCAUCAUGAAGGAGAUGCUCUUGUUUUUAUCUGUCUAAUCACACUGAACUGAUGCCAUGUUUAUUUUUUAUGUUCCUAUCACUUGUACUGUCAAAGGUCUGCACCUAACACUCGUCACCGACCCACUGAGCCGACUCUAGGUGGAACUGACACGCUGCGUACGGGAAUUUCAUAGAACUGAGAGCAUUUUGAUUGCUGUAUUCAACCAGGGGGCUUAAUGAAAGAGAGACGGUGAGUGCAGUAAAAAAGAAAAUGUGUGACGAAUAUGCAGGGUAAUCUGGAGGGUUUUAUAGGAGAUUUAGAAAAUUAAUGCAUGAUUACAAAAAGACUCAGACUGGGAUUACUGGAUUUACUGUCCAGAUUGUAAACUAUUACACCAUCAAACAUCACCUUCUUUCUUGUUUUUGUACACUUAGUCCUGGGUCAAAUUUGGACAGACCCAGCCCUGGGUUGAUUUAACACAACAGGGAUGGGUUUUGGGUUUGGCACAGCAUACUGGGUUAGGUUCCCAAUUCAAAGCUGGUUUCAUGUUAGGGCUACCAAAGAGCAGGAUGAAAAGAAUAAGCCAUGUAUUAUUAAACAAUUCAAGUAUGGAGAAAAAUGAAUGAUCCAUCUCCCAUAACCGCCUAAACCUUGCAGACUAAUUUCAAGGCUGAUGCCUGUCUCCAGUCAUCAAUAUGUGAAAGCAGCAUAAACCCGGAACGCUUUAUUGAUAAUCAGUUCAGUUUGGAUAACCAAUUCUAUACUCAAUGUAUAACAACAUAUAGAAUGUUGCCUAUUUUUGUCAUAAAUAGCAUUGGCUUCCCUGGUUAAUACUCAGGUAAAACGUUAAUUGUGUCCUUAGGAAACAAAUUUGUUCUUUAGUGUAAUGGGUCCCAAAGGUGGGGUUGGGAACCCAUUAAGAGUCGUGACUUAACGAGUUCAGAUUUAGAAAACAAUCUGACUAAAUAGCAAAAAGGAGACAAAGCUAAAGUAUAGUUAUGCUAUAAAUGUUAGAUAAUGUUAGAGAUAAAAGAAACCCCAUUUACCAAGAAGUACAAACUAUAUAUUGGCUGUUGAUGCUGUUUGUGCUGUGAAUAUGUUCCAGUUUAGUUGAUUUAGUUGUUUGGUCAACAGAUAGUCGGGGUCAUGGGUUCCUUCCUCUGUAUUCAGGGUUAAAAGCUAAAAGCUUGGUGAACCCUUGCCCUGUGUGACCUGAAGUCAUGAAUACAACCCACUGACAUUAACAUUACUGUGCAGCAUAAAUUCACCAACUUUCCAUCUCUUAGUUCAUCCUGUGGGAGAGAUUCAGUGAAGUUUCAUCAGUUCGUUCAAGAUGGCGGUCUGUGGAGAAUGAUGAGGCUCCAUCUAGACUCCUUUCUAAGCCAACGAAACUGGUCACAGUUUUUCACCCAAUGUUUGGUUAAAAACUGCACAGCUUCUGUCCCAACAGCAGGAACCCAGCAUCUGGGUCACAGGUAAAACCCGGCAGUAUCAGCAAGCUGAGCCUCGUUCUUGUUCCCAUCUCAUUUUUUUCUCCAUGCUGUGGGGAUGACUAAGGUGGGGUCCUGAUUAGUAUACGUGUUCUUUGUAGUGGUGUUGAAAUGUGAGCAUUUUUGUUGGUGAUUCCUAAAUCUGCAUGUGUGUGGGAUUAUAGAAGCAGAGCUGGUCGCGCAUCUUCCAGAGACGGAUGUUCAGUGGGAGGCCAGAUUCCCUCACUGUGGGCUCGUGAUUUAUGCGCUUCGUCCUGCCUUCUUAUUCAUUUGGUCUAUGCUCCUUCGUUGCAUCUUCUCUGCCCUCUCACCUUGUAGACAGUAGCACACGGAGGUUUAUUACUCUCAGCGAUGGAAGUGAAAAUAUACACAUGCACACACCACACAGACUUAUGUAUUUCACAGCCAGUAUGUGUAAAGAUAUUUCAGCAGCAAUGCGAGGUAUAUGUUUUUUCUGCGAUAAUUUCAGCCCUUUUAUAUAUGAUAAAAGUUUUCUGGUUUAAAUAUAUACUAGGGCAUAUAUUGUAUCUGUAGUAGUUUAAAAGCACUGAGCAGCUUUUGGUAUCAGACCCCAAUCAGAUGCUGAGCACCACAAUAUGACUCACAAACGUGACUUAAAGCAGAAUGAUGUGAAUCCAUGAACUAAGCUCAAACGCUUUAACAACGCCAUUUUGCACUGUGUUGAACAGCUCUAAUACAAGGUUUUGUACUAUUUCUUUUAAAAUUCUUUUAUGAAUAAAUUCUGAAGCAGACAUUAAACACAGAUAGCAAAUUUAAAAAGAUAAAUUACUUGCAGACAGUUUUGGCAUCACUUUGGUAAGUAGGAGGAUAAUGAAACUGGUAUCCUGAACAGGUUUGUCUCUGAACAUUAAUCAUUACAGAGCUGAAUGAGGGAAGCUGUUCUAACCCUCCGUCCGGACGAUCCUUUACUAAAACAGUCUCCGUGAUACAGACUGGAAAAAGCCCUGUUCCUGGUUUUAUUUUCUUGGAAAAGCAAACCUGAAGGAUUGCUACAUGGCUGUUUAAGCUAUCAUUAUAAUGUUCUUCCACCCUUAUCAUGUAGCAUGAGACAACGCUCUUAUACCUGACCUACAUUUUAAACUUAAGCUUAUCUCAAAUCUUACCAGACUUAUUUAUGGCAGCAUAAUUUUUUCCCAUUUCAGUUUUAAUGUUUAGGUUGCCCUUUACCGGUGGCAAAAGUUCCCCCUGAAGGAGGCAGCAUCCCUAACUUGACUCAGCCCAACAUUUCUGCCAGGAAUUUUGCACUUACCUUUACCUGUAACUAACCUUAAAACAGUUUUCUGUCCUUCUCUUUUUUUCUUGUUUGCAGCCAAACUGUUUUGUGAAGACUUUUCUUAUGAACAUUUUCUGUAAACACCUGUUGUCCAUGCAGGUUUCAUAUGUGAUCCAUUGUCUUAAUACCAGUUGUUCCUUUGAGAUAAUGUGUAAUAUGACAAUAUGGAAAUGCUAGAAACAGGGAUGAAAAAAUCUGUACGGUUGAAGAUUAGAUCGGUUGUCUUACGUUACUUUUUUGUCCUGUCAUUUUCAUCUUUUUUUAUUCUUUAAAACCUCACCCUUGCAUUGGAAUAAAUCCUUAUAAAGCAGCA